UUGCUACGACUCAGAGAGCUAGAGAGAGCUAUCACAUCCAAUCAGUGGAGGGGCCAUGGCUAGUAAGAAGAGCGUCAUCCUCCAAGUCCUCCAUGGGCCUUGGCUCAUGGUGUUCGCCUCUCUCAUCAUUAUGUCCACCGCCGGUACACCGUAUGCAUUCGGACUGUAUUCCGGUGUCGUAAAGUCGGUGCUCGGAUACGACCAGACUACACUCAAUUUGAUCAGCUUCUUUAAGGACGUUGGUACCAACGUCGGCGUCCCCUCCGGCCUCCUUGCCGAGGUCACUCCUCCGUGGUUUGUUUUGUCUGUCGGAGCAUUCAUGAACUUGUUCGGGUACUUAAUGAUAUGGCUGGCCGUGACCCAAAAGAUGGCGAAGCCCAAAGUAUGGAUGAUGUGCUUGUACAUCUGCCUCGGUGCUAAUUCAACGGCUUUUGCCAACACCGGAGCAAUGGUCACCUGCAUCAAGAACUUCCCUGAAAGCCGAGGCGUCGUGCUAGGGCUUCUAAAGGGAUAUGUCGGUCUCAGUGGUGCUAUUAUAACACAGCUAUAUCAUGCUUUCUACUAUAAAGAUUCCAAGUCUUUGAUUUUGCUGGUGGGGUGGCUUCCGGCAGCCAUAAAUUUGGCUUUUGCACCCUUUAUUCGGCUCAUGAAGGUCACUCAUCAGCCAAACGAGCUCCAAGUGUUCUAUAAUUUCCUUUAUAUUACAUUUGGCCUUUCUGGGUUUCUGUUGGUUAUGAUUGUAGUAGAGCAAAAGGUUGCGUUCACGCAGAGCGAGUAUGGCGGUAGCGCAGCUGCAGUGCUUUUCCUGCUCUUUCUACCACUUGCUGUAUCUAUCAGGGAAGAGUAUAGGCAUUGGAAGAGCAAGCAAUUGACAUUAAAAGAUGGUUCGCAGCUGAAAGUAAUCACCGAGACCCCAAACGUGCAAACGCCUUCACCUCUUCCACAAGCAUCUCCUGCCUCACCAAAUUUGCUCCUCGAGCCGAGCACAGAAAAGCAAGUUUCUUGUUGGACAAACAUAUUUAGUCCCCCAGAGCGAGGAGAGGACUAUACUAUACUACAAGCGGUCUUCAGCAUUGACAUGUUGAUACUAUUCUUCGCAGUGAUUACCGGCGUUGGUGGUGCACUAACGGCGAUAGACAAUUUGGGACAGAUGGGAACUUCUCUCGGAUACUCGCCUCAAAGCAUAAGCACUUUCGUUUCACUCGUAAGCAUAUGGAAUUAUCUUGGACGAGUGAUGGCGGGUUUGGUCUCUGAAAUUCUCUUAAAGAAGUACAAGUUCCCUCGGCCUCUCAUGCUCACUAUAAUCCUUCUAAUUCUAUGUGUUGGUCACCUUCUAGUCGCAUUUCAUCACUCUGGAGGUCUCUACGUUGCAUCAGUAAUAAUCGGGUUUGGUUUUGGUGCACAAUGGUCAAUAGUUUUUACUACAAUUUCUGAGAUUUUCGGCCUAAAGUACUACUCCACUUUGUAUAAUGUUGGGUCGGUGGCUAGCCCGAUUGGGCUGUAUGUACUCAACGUGAUUGUGACGGGUCAUCUAUACGAUAAGGAGGCUAAAAAGCAACUGGCUGCUUUGGGACUCAGAAGGAAGCCUGGGCAGGCAUUGAAUUGUACUGGGGUUGAGUGCUUCAAAUUGUCUUUCAUUAUAAUCACUGCCGUGACAUUCUUGGGCGCCCUCGUUUCCAUCGCUCUGGUGAUUAGGACCAGGAAAUUUUACAAUAGUGACAUUUACAGAAAGUUCCGGGAGGAGGCUAAGCUGGCAGAGAAAGAGAUGGCGUUUGCUGGACACUGAACGUAUCUGACCCGGAGCCCGAUCACUUUAUUUUAAUAUAGCAACUUGGAAAGUGGCAUAUUAUAUAUAUAGUUUUACUGGUCUUUUAGACCUUGAUCAUGAUAAUCAACAAUAUAUGGAUUUUAAAAGAAAGGGAAAUUAAGAUAAUGGUGGAGACUUG